UAUGGCUCGAUGGUGGUUAGUUGUCGCAGUAGUGGUAGUGACAUGCGUCGUAUGGUCUUUCAAUGCCGCAUUGAUGCCUCCAAUUGUGUCCUUAAGUUUGGAUAAAUUGUAUAUUCUUGGAAGAAAUGGAUUAGCAAAUUUCAAAGCUAUUUCGUCAACAGAUACAAUUGAUACAAAUUUUUUCAACGGGUCUAAAAUGAAUUCUUGGUUUGGGCUUUAUAAUUUCUUAAACUUAUGUCUAGCACCGGGAGAUGUUCUAGCCUUCUUAAUCUCCAGAGAGAAAAACAUGAAUAUUUGUAUGAUACAAGAACAAAUCGAAAUGAGUUCACGUCAAUUCCUUGCAUAUCAAGAAGUUCCUCGUGUAUGGUGAUCACCAGCCAGCAGUUUCUAUGGAUUUUUCUGGUUGCUAUGCAUCAAUGUGUAAAAUGAUAUACAAUAAAACAGACUGGCGUGAAGCAGAUGUAAUCAUCAUUACUGAUGAGACUUAUCCGUUAGCUGAUCGGCCUUCAGAUCAAAUAUGGAUGAUAUUAGUACAUGAGUCUCCACUUCACUUAAAUAUCGUGGAAGGGCUAGGAGACAAAGUGAAUUUCACUGUAACCUAUCGGCUUGAUUCAACCAUCUAUUCAUCUUAUGGUGCAUAUAAACCCGCAUCACUAGCAGAUUAUAAUCCAUCUCGAAGAUAUCCACUUCCAAGUCGGAAUUAUGCUGAAGGCAAAACAAAAAUGGCUGCAUGGUUUGUUAGUAAUUGUAAUGCUAAAAGUCCUAGAAAUCAAUAUGCUACUGAAUUAUCAAACUAUAUUAGUAUUGAUAUAUACGGUCGGUGUGGAUUUAAAGAAUGCCCAAGAUCAUCAGAGAGUGAAUGCUUUGAAUUACUUCGUAAAGACUAUAAAUUCUAUCUCAGUUUUGAAAAUAGUUUAUGUAAAGAUUAUGUAACUGAGAAAUUCUUCAAGAAUGCUUUGACUAACGAUGUGAUUCCUAUUGUUAUGGGGGCUUCAAUUGAAGAAUACAAAAUGAUCGCUCCUCCGUACUCCUUUAUUCAUGUGGAUGAAUUCGAGUCACCUGCAAAACUUGCCGAGUAUCUGUACUACUUAAACAGGAAUGAUACGGCAUACAAUGAAUACUUUGCUUGGCAUGGUCAUGGUGUAAUACAAAACUGGAUUGCACAACCCCAGUGUGAUAUGUGUCUUCUUGCGCAUACUGCUCAUCUUAUUGGUCCAUCAUGGUAUUCAGAUGUAUCCAAAUGGUGGAAAGAUGGCUGUGUUGGAAGAAAAUUACGAUGGGGCUCUUAAAUAUACUGCUGGUAGCCCCUUUGCUAAGUCAAUCACUCCCCGCUCCCCAACUUUUUAUUGCAUCCUAUAGUCAUCAUUAUUUCCUUCUUAUUUAGGUGACCAUCGCGAAUACCAAAAAGUGCACUGCUUUGUUGUUUUUUUCUUUUUUUUUUGGUACGCUUUGUAUUUUAUUUACCGAAAUGUGUAUACAGUUGCCUAUCAUAACGCUAAAACCAAACCGCCAAAGAUGUACAAUAAUAACAAUAAUAAUGAUAAUUUUCUUUCAUCAUUUUAAUUUCCUUUCCUUUUUGUAUAAUUUAAUUCGAAUAUUUCUUAUAUAUAUGUAUCAUGAGUUAUAUAUAUCUAUCAUGAGUUAUCCUCUCUUUAUCUAACUCUUCCUAAAUUUUCUUGUAAAUCGAUUCGCUUUUAUUAUUUGGUGUUUAUUAUUGUUAUCUUUAUUUUUUACAUGCCUUUACAUGGCUUAUUGACUGCUAAAGGUCAGAAAUUUGAAGUGUACAUAAAAAAUAGUGUUUACCUACUGAUUAUUAAAUUUAUCUACGAAUUCACAUUCUUCAUGGUAGGUGUGAGGAUGGAAAAAACCUCCUCCUAUUUGACUGUGUUUUCAUCAACAUAAAAAAUCAAGUAUAUGAUAUGUAUAUCUGCACAGAUUAACUAUUUAACUGUUGUAUAAUGACAGUCCAAUAAUGCACAGGAUAUUUUGUCAAACUGCAAAUAUAUAAUGAAUUAAAAUUCAGUCUGAAC